AUGGGCACUGGGCAGUACGGACACUUUGCGCAACAGGCCGGCGGGCAGCCACAGCAGCAGGCAGGUGGUGUCCAAGGAGGCAUGUCAUUGGCCAUGCAGCAGCAGCAGAUCCUUCUCCAGCAACAGCAACAGCAACAGCAACAGCAACAGCAGCAAAGCAUGCGGCCUCCGUCAGCGCCACUUGGCGCAGUCGCCUCGCCCACGCCCGGCAAUGCUCCCCAGCGGCAGGGCAGCGAGGGUGUCCAGCAGCUCUCCGCACAGCAGCAGGCGGAGGUCUUCACUCAGAUCCACCAGCUGCAGCUUAUGGUCAAGAGCGAAGUGUCCAAGGCGCAAGCGGCACCGAACGAGGCGGCGUCACGACAGUACCUUCUUGUCGCGCAGCAGUACCAGACAAGGGCCCAGGGCUUGCAGCAGAUUCUGCGCGCACAGCAAAGUUUGCUGCUGAGCACCCCGCAGGCCAGGUCGAUCGGCCUGGCGCCUCACCAGCAGCAGGUCCAGGGCCAGCCAGGACCGCCGCAAGCACAGACGCCACAGCCGGGAGUCCAGCAGCAGCAGCAGCAUCGUGCUGCCAUCAGCGCCCGGAUCACCCCGGCGAUGGCUACACACGACCCUGGUCUCAUGACCAGCAUGAUAGGCCAGGCGAAUCACCAAGGCGCCAUGUCCAGCGUUGCUCCUCAGCAACAGCAGCAACAGAGCUCCUUCGACCAGGAGCAGAGCCGUGCGAUGCACCAGCAGCCUGGCCCCCAGUUUCCCGUUCAAAGCCCCAAUGUCAACGGACAGGAUGCACGCCACAAUGGCAUGACGAGCAUAGAGUUGCAGCAGCAGCAACAGUUGCAGAUGCA